ACAAUUUCAAAUCCGCUCUGUUUUGACAGUUUGUUUCAGCAACGCCUUUUUGUGUAUGGAAUAUAAGCGACGGAAACUAUUUUCAUUUCAUGUUCAUACAUUUGUGAUAAAAUGACUGAUAAGUGAUUCCAAGAAAGAAAAUUUAACUUGCUUACACCGUCCAUCGUGAUACAGUGAUACGUAGUGCAUGAUUUUAUGCUCACAGAUAGAGCUCGUCUCGAAAUGAACUCCCGUGUGGCUACCCCGAAAGUUGGCCGUUUGGGGUCGUCUUCGAAGCAAUCGACUCCAAUGGGAGGUUCACAACCAGUGAGGACCACCAUGAGUAGCUCGCUCUUAUCCGCUAACAAAAUUAGUGGAAACACCCCCUCUAGUGAUGUGCAAAAUUCUGCUCCAUCGUCAGCUUUGAAGACACCCAAAUCUCAUCCAACGGCUAUUUUUGCGAAUGCUAAAUCCAAAUCAUCGACUGCCCUGAACAGCUGUAUGACACCAUCGUCGUUAUUUCGAGGCACUGCCUCGGCGACCUCGUUGAAAAACAGUGGUUCUACAUUUGGGACCCCUAAGUAUGGAUUGAAGAAAACAAAGUCUCAACUGGAGAGUUUAGCAGCGAAAACUCCAGAAUGUUUUUCCAAGGUGUCAUUAGAAAGCCCUCGGGUGGGUCGUAAUUCUUCAAAACUAGACGACUCGGCAAAAUCAUUAAAAGAAAAGGAUGGAGCAAGCGGAGAGAUAAGUAAUUUGAAAGUGGCGGUUCGGGUGCGUCCACUUUCCACCAAAGAGUGCCUUGAUUCAGUGGCAAAUAUUGUCCAGGUUCGAGGUAAUGAAGUUAUUGUGAAUGCUGGAAGCACAGCAGAUGCAAUGGGAGGCGUUGAACAUUGCUUCCAAUACGAUCAUGCGUUUUGGUCGUGCAAUGCAGAGGACCAGAAACAAUAUGUAGAUCAGAUAGGUGUUCAUGAUGGUGUCAUGAAGCCCCUGCUGGAUAAAGCAUUUGAAGGGUACAACGUGUGUUUGUUCGCGUAUGGCCAAACAGGUUCCGGUAAAAGUUACAGCAUGAUGGGUAUGGAUGCAGACGAUUUGGAAAUAAGUCCGGAAGCUGGCAUUAUUCCCCGUUUCUGCCAGGAUCUUUUCCGGCGCAUAGAAUCGUGCCAAGGACAGAUCCAUGCCGAGGUGGAAGUUAGUUAUUUUGAAAUAUACAAUGAAAAAAUUCAUGAUCUUCUUGCCGUAUCUCCCACGGAAGGAGUUUUCUCCGUGACCACGUCGAGUGUCAGGAAACCACCGUUGAAAGUUCGCGAGCACCCCAUUUGGGGACCGUACGUGGUUGAUUUGAGCACACACCCAGUGGACUCAUACUCGGCCCUGCGGAAUUGGCUGGCUGUUGGCAAUAGCCAGAGGGCUACGGCUGCUACUGGAAUGAAUGAUAAAAGUUCCCGAUCCCAUUCGAUAUUUUCGGUGGUUCUAAACCUUUCUGAAGUUGCUUCCUCGGAGAACAAGGAUACCAAAAAUAUUCCCCAGACUAAGAGAAGCAAAAUAAGUCUGGUGGACCUAGCCGGCUCCGAACGGGUGAGCCACACCUGUGCCAGUGGAAGUCGAUUGAAGGAGGGAGUCAGUAUCAACAAGAGCCUACUGACACUGGGCAAAGUCAUCUCGUCACUGGCAGAUUCCAAAAAGAAUCCAGCGACAUACAUUCCGUACAGAGACUCGGUUCUAACAUGGCUGUUGAGAGAAAACCUUGGAGGCAACUCGCGGACGGUAAUGUUGGCAACCAUUUCGCCGGCAGCGACACAUUUGGAUGAAACCUUGGCCACUCUGCGGUACGCUUGCCAGGCCCGUACCAUCGUCAACCGGGUCAAGGUGAACGAGGAUCCUCAUGACCGAAUUAUUAGAGAGUUGCGAGCCGAGGUGGAACGAUUGCAAGUAUUGCGGCAGGAUUACGAGCGACAGAAAAGGCACUCGGCCAAUCAACAGCAACAGCAGCUGCCCCGGAAGAUUAUCAUCGAAACGUCUGUUGACGAUGGCGAGGUUGAGGCGUUGCGGCAACAGUUGGCGGAAACCGAACAGGAACUGGCCAAGGCUCAGAAAUCGUGGAGGCAGAGACUGCAAGAAGCGGAGGAUGUGCGACGAACGGAGAUGAAACUACUCAGACGGAAAGGCUUGGCUCUCGAGCUAUCCGCUGAGCAGAAGGAACCAUGUUUGGUUAACUUGGCGGCCGAUCCUAUGCUUUCCGGUACGCUGCUGUAUAUUAUUCCCGCUGGGGUGGUGAAAAUUGGGCGACCGUCGUCGUUCUCUUCGCCGGACAUUGUGCUCGAGGGACCUUUGGUCUCUCACCAUCAUUGCUCUAUUGAGAACAAAAAUGGAAAACUUCAUAUAACGCCAGAGGAUUCCGAUCAGUACGAAACCUUUGUAAAUGGAGAGCUGGUUCGGGAGCGAAGGCAACUAUUCCACAACGACCGGGUGGUUAUUGGAGGUUCGCAUUAUUUCCGCGUAUCGAAUCCACUGUGUCCGAAGCGCAGUAAGCAAAUAAUGGUCGACUUCCAGCUGGCCCAUCAGGAAAUUCUACGUGAACAGGAGAAUAGACUACGACGGGAGCUGGAUGCGGAGAAGCAGGCUGCCAUCUCACGGAUCGAGGCAGAACGGAUGGCUCACGAGCGACAGUAUGAGGAACGGUUGGCAUCUCUGGAGCUGGAAAAAUUCAAAUACAAAUGCCACAAAGAGCUGCUGGAGACGGAAAAGGAAGCAAUGCUGAAGCAGAGUACCGACGAUGAACGGAACAGUUCGUUUGAAUUCACCCCCUUCAAAUCGAAUCUGGCAGAUGAGAUAAGGAUGAUCAUGGAAAGACCAAGUGAGGAAAGCUUGCAUCAGAUUCAGCUGAUGGUGAAAGAAGCAACCCAAAGGUGUAGAGAUUUAGGAAUCGAAUAUGAGUUCCAACAGUCGCAGGUGCUAGACGAGCAAGGGAUUUUCAGAGCCGUUGUAAAUAUUUUCGAUAAGGCUAACGGUAAUGUGGCUGAAUGGUUACCUGCUCGCUUGCAGUAUUGGCUUGGAGUGGUCAGAGAUCGGGAAGAUUUGAACGCGACGAACAUGUUUGAAACGUUCGAUCUGGAAUGGAAAGCAGACAUUGGUGAUUUCAACCACUCUCUGAACGAGUCCCGCAAUUCGAGCAGAAUAUCUCUGAAUCUAAGUUCGGUGAAGGACGUUAUCAUGGGAAGAAAUAAUUCUACCCGAAAAUCGGUUCCUCCAAACAGCAGUGUGAAGCAACAGGGCUUGCUCAAGUCAAUGUUCAAAUCUAUGACACCAAAUAACAACAACAUACGCAAGGAACUGUUCGUCGAUGACGAACCAGACCAGUGUGAUGAGAACGUCCCAGACAACAAACAAUCGCCUUCCCCUACGAAAUUCCCACGAUUUGAAAUGAAAGCGCAAAACCAACUGAAGGAUAUACAAGUUGCAACAUUGAAACUGAAGAAACUUUGCGAAAAACAACAACGGAAGAAUGCAAAACAGCCAGAUGAUGCCGACACAUCGAAUCUAAAUUCCAGCGUACGGACGGAGGAUGGCAUGGUGAGAGAUUUUCUCCGAUCGAUAGCGGAAAUCGAGAAUGCUGUUCAGGAUAUGCGAUUCAUACUGACGGAACAAAGCAUGAAACAGGCCACCGCAGCAGAGCUGGCCAAAACACCAAAGUCUGUAAGGUUUUUGCUGGACUAAUCCAAGCUUCGAGGAGUGAGUAUAUAGUUUGUUGUUCGAAAUGAUGUUUCAAGACGAGCGCGUUUGUACGUAAAGACUUGCCUUAUACUUCUACCAUAGUAUUAAACGGUUUUCGUUAUUUAUUAAAAAUUAUUACCGAUUGCUUUUGCGAUUUAUUUUAUUCACAUAAUAAUAACCCAUG